AUGGCGAGUGGAGGGACGGCCCCGGCCGCCGUUGAUGCGGAGCUGCAAGCGGAGGCCCUCAGGCGCUUCAAUCCUCUUGUAUUCACACUGUCCGUGGAGACCAGGAAUAAUGUAUGUCUUUCUAAGCUUAUCGAGGCCGUGAUGCGGGACCCCGUCUUCGCGAAAGGCUUCUACGUCUUGGAACGCAAGAGCAACACUUCCGCAACGCCGCAUCUGCGAGGACGAAACGCUAAAAGGCAAAGCAAGCAACUUGACAACGCAAAAGUUAGCGUAGCGCAGUUGUACGAGGACUACGUGGGCAUCGCAGUCGCUCGAGAGCUACAGCGGCGCGAAGAGGUGCAGGCACGCGAGGCGGAGUACGCGGCGCUGGUGUCUCUCUACGUGGAGGACGGACUCACGGAGGCAGAGGCAGCGGCAGCGGCACUAAAAGAGAUGGAGGAGGCUGCUAUUGAAGGCACUUCAAGUGAAGAGGGCGACGUCCGCGAACGACUCUACGUGUUUCUUACGACGUAUCCGACCAAUGUGGAGGAGGUGACGGAGUUGUACAACAGUGGUCUCUCUCUUCAUGCGGUGAUUUCGUUGUCGAGCCGUGUGCCGCUCAGCGGGUCUACAGCCGCUGAGAAACCGCUGCAGGUUUCAGAGUUGUCCAAGGGUAAGGAGAAGAAGGAAACAAUGAGGACUGUGCCCAAGGAAAGGAGCGGACAGAUUGAAGAAAAGAGCCAAUUGACACUGUCGGCUGAAAUACAGCAGCACCUGAAGGAGACGAAUAAUCCCCUGACCUAUUUAAAGAGCAUUUGCAUUCACGCAUAUGAGGUUCCAACAGAAGUGGUACCGACUGCCAUCAGUAGUAAUGUAGCCGCUGCACCUACGGCCCCUAACCUUGUGGGGAAUACGGCGCCUGAUGUAGUUUAUCGUUUGAAGGGCACAGAAGGGGCUGUCUUUAGCGCGAUAGUGGAUGCUGUUGUCAUGCUUGAGGAAAGCUACAUCGGAUUCUGCGAAUGGAAAAAGCAGAGGGUACAAGUGGAUGUUCCUUCAUAUGUUCCCUUGCGUUACCCUCAGACAAUGGAUGCAGCACCGGCAGCGGUGGAGGAACGGGGGAAGAAAAGGCUCGUGAACAAAAAGAAGGGUGCCACUCCAACACCAGUGAUACCCUCUACGAAUGUUGAAUCUAUUCCUGUUUUUGAUGUUGAUCCCAAAAAUAUGAAAGGUGUGGUUGCUCAUCGCUCUGUGUACGAUAACAUUCUUUCAGCUUGGAAGCAGGGUUACUUCAAUAAGCAGGCCUUUCGCGCCGCAUGCAUCUUGCAGGUGGCAGCAACCCUUGCCAUGACAGAUCCCGAACUCCUAGAGCCGUUCCCAACCCUUGCGAAGCGUGAAAUACAGCAAAUGUUACAAGACAAGAAGGAGUCCAACGAUUUUGUGAACUACAUAUUUGAUGUUGCGACGCGGGGCGUGGAUGACACGCACCAGCAGUUUUUUUCAGGAACUGAGGAAGUGGGUCCUACAGGGUCCUGCUCUCCAAACUCCAUGUCUCCAACAAACACCACAUUUGGGCCGGUGCUUUUGUCACAGAUGAGGGAUUCCAGCGCCGUCGUGUCUCCAAACAAUAGUGAUAACGUUGAUAACACGUCCAUGAACAUAAUAAAGGCUGUCGUUUCUCUUAUGUCUCAGUCGUUUGGUAUUGAGGUGGAACGAGCAAAGCAAAUGGUGGCAGAGAUGACCUCCCGCGGCUUUAUUAGCUCAAGACAACGGGGGACGAUUAGGCAAGUCUUGGAAAGGAGUAAAUCAAGUAGUUGGCGAAGUGCACGUAUGAACGUUGGCUGCUGCGAAUUGGAGGUGCUAUAUCGUGGGGAUGGAUCGUCUCGUACAGAGGGUUCUGUAUACAACUUCCGUGGGUCCGCAACCUUUGCAGAUUAUGUGAACUGGCAGAAGUUUUGUGUUAGUGAGGGGUUGUAUUACAAUCCGCCUCCACCUGACAGCGACGAAGAAGAACCAAGCGAGGAGGAGGAGGAGGAGGAGGAGGAGGAGGAGGAGGAAGUGGCGAAGGGAGAAGAAGAGGAAGAAGAACGUGUGGCUGAUGCUGAUGGAGGGGGAUAA